AUGGACGUCUUCGCGGGCCUCGAUCCUCUUGGCGGCAAAGGCAGCAAGCCGACGACGCCGAGCUACCCGCCGUACGGUGCGCCGCCGCCGCAAGCCAAUAUGGGCGGUAUGCCCUCGUCCAACUUUGGCAGCAACGGCCGAGGCGUGAACAACAGCAACACGAUGAUGGGUGGCAUGCCCACAUCCAACUACGGCAGCAACGGCGGCUCGUCGAUCAACAUGGGCGGUAUGCCCGGUAUGCACGCGAUGCCGUCGAUGGGCGGCAUGAACAUGAACAUGGGCAUGACCAUGGGCGGAAUGCCGCCGACAAACUUUGGCAGCAAUGGCUCGUCGGGGAUGCACAUGGCCGGUACGAUGCCAGGGAUGCACGCCAUGCCCCCCAUGGGCAACAUGAACAUGGGCGGUAUGAACGCGAUGCCGGGCAUGAUGAACAUGGCGCCGAAUGGUAUGGGCAUGCCUCCGCAAGGCCCGCCCGGCGCGCAGCCCGUUAUGUACGACAACAUCAAGAACCUUCUCGAGAAGAAGGCACCGCCCAGCACACCCACGGGAGGUGACGGCGGCGGUGACAUGUUCAGCUGUUUCGGCGGCGGCGACAAACCGAGCUCCCGCACGUCGAGUGGGACGUCCUCGAACUCGCAAGCGCCGGCCGGGGCCUUUGAUCCGUUCGGCGGCAGCGGCGCACCGCCGGCCCCGGCGUCUGCAGGUGUCAACCUCUCGAUCUUUGGUGAUGCGGCGCCGUCGACGUCGUCGGGCAACAUCUCGACGAGCUCGUCGACCCCGAAGAACAGUGCGCUUGCCGACCGCCUCCGAGGCUCCAAGCGUCAGACGCAGGAAGCCCAGCGGGCAUCCCUCAACGUUGGAACGUACGCCAACUCGAACGCGGCGCUGGCCCCGACGCCGUCCAUCAAGAAGCAAUUGGGUGGUGCGGACGCGGCGCCUACUGGCAACGCGCCAGCGACGACAGCCACCUCGAGCCCCGACAAUCUCUUGGGCUUUUAA